ACAGCAAACAGGGCAGAAUUUUAUGCCACUGUGUAAAGCAAUGGCACAUAAUCAAAUGGAUCUAAAUAUCCACAAUUCACUGAUGUGCAAACUUUUGAGACUUGGCCGGUAUUGUCAAUUCUGGUAUGUGAUGUUAUUUGGACUUCUGUUUAUUGCGGUGAUGUGGUGGUCAUACAAUAUUGGAGACACUAAAAGCCGUGAGUCUCUCCUGCCGCAGCACAAGGACAGAGUCAGCAUACUUGUUAACAAAACACAAACGCUCAAAAUCCUAGAGGACCUGGACUUAAGACCGGAGGAGUGGGACCAGAUACAGAGAGCCGUUCAAUGGGGUGGACCGGACCAGGAGAUUACCACUGUAAAGAUGAGCACCAGUCCGGACCACACCACCUUUGUUAUUAAUAACUUUAAGGACAGUUACUAUGUGGGAGAGGAGCUCCAUGUCACCAUUGUUGCCAAGGACUUAACUGGAAGGCCAAAAACCUAUGGAGGCGAUUUCUUCAAAGUAAAGGUUUAUUCAGCCAAAUUAAAGGCUAGUGUGUUUGGAGAGGUACUGGAUCAUCACAAUGGCACCUACUUGGCCCGGUUUACCCUACCAUGGGUGGGGGAGGCAUCGGUGGCGGUCCUUCUGGUUCACUCCAGUGAGGCUGUGCAGAUCAUCAAGCGACACCGUGAAACAGACCCUGACCGUAACAUCUACUAUGGCUACUUUGUGGGCAAGAACUCUCAGGGUGCUAUAGUGGAGGAGAAGGCGGCCUGCAAUGUCAAAUGGGAAGGGGUGGCACUGCCAGGCGAGGAGCCCUGCUGCUGUGAAUACCCAGAUUUAAAGGCAAAGCUGACGUGGCUCUGCCGUAAACCCCCCACUCUCCCAUGCAAUACCCUGGUGUACCAUGGUAUGGGUCCGUAUUACGUGAAUCACUGGACAGACCUUGAAAAGGCAAUCAUGAACGAACAAUAUGUGGAGCGUUGGAUCAAGGGUGAUUCACGAGCAAUUAGAGUCCUUGCCUCUAAUUCAACUAUUGGACAGAGAGAGAAAUGUAAACCUGGAAUGCCCACACCGAUCCCAGCAGGAUUCUACAUGAAUGACGUUUGGACAUCAUUUGUGUGUGCCACCCGUCAUUUCAACGCUGCCAAUGACAAAACUCAGUGUUUGAAGGACAAACACAUCUACAUGAUGGGAGACUCCACUCUCUUACAGUGGUACAACUUCAUCAUCAAUUCCGUACCAAAUUUAAGGCGCAUGAACCUACAUACACACUCCCACAAUGGGCCUUUUUUGGCUGUGGAUGUGGGGAACAACAUCGACCUGAACUACCGCACGCAUGGUGUCCCCCGACGCAACCCCAAGGCCACGUUCACGGAUAUGCACUACAUGAGUAACGAGAUCGAUGGCAUGGCUGGUGGCCCACACACUGUUAUCGUCUUCAACAUUUGGGCGCACUUCAAACUAUUCCCACACUCCUACUUUGCCCACCGGGUGUCCCAGAUCCGCCGUGCAGUCGUGGACCUAUUGAGACGUGCGCCAGCGACCAAGGUCAUCAUCAAGACGGCUAAUUCAGGCUUAAGGAAUUUCGGUAGCGUUGACUGGCUAUCCCUGCAGCUGGAUAGAAUCCUGCGAGAAGUGUUCCGUGACGUGGGGGUUUACAUCCUGGACGUGUGGCAGAUGAACGCCUGUCACUAUAACAAAGAGGAAGUCCAUCCUGGCCCAGUGAUCAUCAAAAACGAAGUGGACAUUCUUCUUUCUUUUAUCUGCCCUGGAUUCAGCCUAAUGAUAGGCUAAUACACAGAGAGGACACAAUACAUAAUGAUGAAGGAGGAA